AAACUGAAGUCCACAAACAGACGCAGAACGCCAUCGGAAGCGGUAACAUCACUGGACGGUGGAGAUUGCCAGCCAUCACCGACUCCAACGUCCACGGAACCAAGUUGAUGGUCGAACUACUGCUGCGGAAAGCCAUUGUACAGCUGGAGACGAAAGUUCUGGAACGGAGAAACCAGGAGACGCCUCACCCCAUUUUGAUCCUGUCUAAACUGCUAUGCCAAGGAGGUGCAUCCGCAUUUGGGAUGUUCUAGUUGAAACACUCACCACCAGGUGAUGUGCAGCAAUUAAACACUGUAACCACAAAAAAGUUGUUAUCAAAACCACAGAAAUCCUCACAACAAUCAAACAAAAUGUCCGAACAAGAAGGAACAUCGCGAGCAAUUCCACUAUAUUGGAUUCAAAAACAAAUUCAAACUGGUGCUGAUCCACGUGAAAUUCUCACAAACAUACUCGGCGAAGACGCAUACAUACCAGAGGACUUCAGUGACAUUGCUUUAUGGCGUAUUCUAGCUAGUAUUCUAUCGGAGCCCCCACGUCGACAGAAGCUACCAAACAUCAACACAAUCGAGGAUGUUGUCAGACUCCUGAGAACAUGCAAAAACAUUAUGGUUCUGACAGGCGCGGGAGUUUCAGUUUCAUGCGGAAUACCCGACUUCCGUUCAAGCGAUGGCAUCUACAGUCGUCUCGCCAAAGAUUUUCCUGGGCUUCCAAAUCCUCAAGCAAUGUUUGAUAUCAAUUAUUUCGCACAUGAUCCUCGUCCAUUUUAUAAAUUUGCCCGUGAAAUCUAUCCAGGACAGUUCAAGCCGUCGCUAUGUCAUCGAUUCAUAAAGCUACUUGAGAGCAAAGGGAAAUUGCUGAGAAAUUAUUCACAAAAUAUCGACACAUUAGAACAAGUGGCUGGGAUAGAAAAUGUUAUCGAGUGUCAUGGCUCAUUCGCCACAGCGAGUUGUACAAAAUGUAGUUACAGAACUGAUUCGGAAGCAAUACGCGAUGAUAUUUUCAAUCAGCGAAUACCACUCUGUCCGCGAUGCAAUCCACCAGGAAAUGAAGACAAUGACAACAUUGCAUACAAUGAAUUAGUGGAAAGAGGCAUAAUGAAACCUGACAUUGUCUUUUUCGGUGAAGGACUGUCAGAUGCAUUCCACACGGCUAUGGAUAGCGACAAAGAUAAAUGCGAUUUACUGAUUGUAAUCGGUUCAUCAUUGAAAGUCCACCCAGUUGCGCUUAUUCCACGGUCGAUUCCAGAAGAUGUACCCCAGAUAUUGAUUAAUCGCGAACAAUUAAAUCAUUUUGUUUUUGAUGUUGAACUGUUGGGCGAUGCAGACACCAUAAUAGCAAAGCUGUGUGAAAUGCUUGGAAAGGAUUUCUGUACUUUUCCACCAAGUGAAUUGUCUACUAUGCUUGAUUCUUCAGACCUGCAAAUUUCAAAUCUUGCUGACAAACCAAAAUUCCUAGACGAUGCAGAAACAGCAGAAGCAUCGUGACACGUCGAAUCGCACAUAUUGACGGUCUGAACCGCGUGGUCAGAACAACUAAAACCAUCCCAUCGGAUAACAAUUCCCUUAAUGAAUUUGUUUUUAGAUUAAUGCAUUUUAAGUUAUUAAACUAUAUCAUUCUUCUUUGUAUUUUUUCUAGAUUUUAUCAACAAAUUAUGUGUAAUGUUGGAAAUUGACUUUUUCUUCAUUUAAAUGAACGAUAAUAAAUUUAAAUUUUUUAGAA